AUGAGAACCCUUGCUCUUCUCGCUGCCCUUCUCCUCUUGGCUCUCCAGGCCCAGGCUCAGACCCUCCAAGAGACAGCUGACCAGGUUCCUGCUCAGGAACAGCUUUGGGCUGAGGAUCAGGAUCAGGCUGGGGACAAUGACCAGGAUGUGGCCAUCUCCUUCACAGGAGAGGAACGCCUCACUCGAGCUGCAGAACCUGGGACAGGAACCUAUUGCUAUCGCACACUCAAAAAAUACUGCAAUUUCCCUGAAAAAAAAAUCUGGGUCUUGCAAGUUGUAUGGCCGUCGAUGCAAGUUUUGCUGUCGCUAG